AGGGUGCGAGCUCGUGCGGCUGUUUCCCGGAGCCGGCGCGGGAGCCGGCGCGGCGUGGCCGCUGUCGCAGCUCGUGCCCCUACCUACCGCUGCUGGUGGUGGUGCAGACGGUGGCCGCCUUCUGCCUGUUCGUCGGCACCUCGCCCAGCUCCACGGCCAUCGUCAGGUCGGUGGCGCCCCGGCAGCGUUCUCUGGCGAUGGGCAUCUCGAGCACGGUGCUGCGCGUAGUGGGCACCAUCCCUGGGCCCAUUAUCUUCGGAACGCUCAUCGACCGCUCCUGCCUGCUGUGGGUGACGCCCUGCGACCGGCCCGGCGCCUGUCUCGUCUACGACAACUGGUGGAUGAGCAGAUACCUGUUGGGCGCCACGCUUUGUUGGAAAUUUGCUUCAUUCGUCUUCUAUAACUUGGCUUGGAUACUGUACAAGCCUCCCGAAGGAAGUGAAGAGUACCCGGUGGUUAAGCUGGAUGGUGAGGGCAGGCCGACCGUAGAGGCGCUUGGUAACGGAGACGCAGUGGCGCCACCCAGCGGCGGCCUCGAGAACCCAGCCUUCGAGCCGUAGUGGAGGGCGCUGCGAGCGCCAUGGUGCCGAACCGUGAUGGUGGCUUCCGGUCGGGCCGCUGAGCAGCUGAGUAAUGUUCUGUGCGGCGGGACAAUGCUGCUGGACACGCUUCUGCCGUCCGCCGCUGAGGCUUGUGGCCCCUGCGGUGACCUUGAGCGAAUUCCGUUGUGUUGUAAAAGAGUUCCAGGACAUCAGCAAUAUUCCAGCAUUCCGGGGUAUCAUAACACAGUGUUUUAGAUGAGGCAGCUCAUUUGUGACUCUAUACCAAGGCGAUGAAAACGAAAAGUGUAUUGCUGCGGAGCGUUUGUGAUGUUCUUACCAAUGUUGUCCGCUCGCUUCGGCGAUCAAACGGCGUUGACCGUCUUUAUCUCGGGGACAGUGCGAGUGAUGCGGUUAGCUUCAGUCUUCCAUGCUGCGAAUCUUUACAAGAUGGUGAGGAUGACAAGCAGAUGUUUGGAAGUGAGCAUGAUUAGAUGUGCACGAUCCGUAUGGUAGGAUGCUCAUGAUUGUCCGCUCCCAUAGACGCGCUGGCGCGCGUGUCUUUUUACUUACCCAUGGCGGGGUUGGUCCGAGUUACAUUAUGCGCUCACUAUUUGCCUCUGGCUGAGAUGGCCUGCGGCCGGUGGCAGCGGUCGCGUUAAAGGUUAGGUGGCGUCAGAGGGCAAGACGGACCGUGUCGGGCAGCGCAGCACGUCAGGCUUUCGCCGCAAAAUCUGCCCUUCGCCGGGGCCCUCGCAAUCGGACGGUGGGGACGGCGCUCACGCCACAGGUGCUGCUGAGUGUAAGCGCCGACUCUAUAAGUGCAUCCACCCAAUAGAUUUAGAACAAAUGUUUCAGAACGAAUGGAAUGAAUCAAUUCCAGUAUCAGAACCAGGUAUUUUACAGGAUGCAAUGCGUAUUUCCACGCAAAUCGCCACGAACAAAGUUGAUUCAACAACUUAAACCUCAUGACUGAUUAAAUUGGGUUACUUUCCGCUGCGAGGUUGGGCAUUGUUGGUGCAGAAGGUAUGCUGCAUCAGACAAACGUAACACAGAUUUGGAAGCUAUUUCGGGGUUUGAAACCUCCCAGCUUUCACGAUCCCCGCCUUCGGUGCUCCAUGGGACGAUGAAAGCAUGUUACGGAGCAAGCAGGGUCCAUCCACGUCAACGGCCAGCUCGCGUCAGGGAGCAUAACAUGUGUCAGCUUUACUAUCUGCCCCGUUCCCAUGGUUGCUAUAAUGUGCCUUUGACUCUCAACGCCGUGCUUCCAGGGCCGUGUGGUUGGAGGGAGUUUCGUGAAAGCUCUGCUAGGGAAGCUCGUGCUAAGAUGUUAUUUCAUGUUUGACCCCGUGCUGCUACCUUGUUUCUGUAGCAGACCUUCCGUAGCAUGGAUUUGAAGCAGAGUGGUCGUUUCAUUCCAUUUUUGAUGACUCUGAGGUGCUGUUUUGCUCUCGACAUGUGUUGUCUAUCACGUUCCAGCGUACAUUUGUCACGUGUGGUGCACAGAGGACCCGAUCCCAGCCGAACGAUUCCACCAUCUUCAUUUAUUCUAGGCUGAUUCCAUGGUUUAGUUCAAAUGUCCUACCGUAGAUAAAUUCCUCAAUAGCAAAAAAUAAAACCUGAACAUAAA